AUGGUCCCGACUCGUACGCCCCAAGGUGUGGGAUUGGGCUUCCUUGCAACAAUGUGCACCUGCCAAAGGCAAACCUGUUUGCAACAGUUCCGCGAUUGCUCCGAAGCUGUGUCAGCUAAGCACCAAGAGUUCCAGGCGCUGGAGCCUCAUCAAAAGGCAAGGGAUGAGUUUUUGCGGAGGAACUUGCUAAGUUCCAGCCCUGCCGCCCAGCAGCAAUUCAACACUGAAGACCCUCGAGCCAGCGAACCAGAUUUCGAAGAAACUGACUCAGAACUCGAUGCGUCGGAUGGAGAAGAAUGGAUGGUGGCUUCUGACGACGAUGACAUGCUUGUUGCGUCAGAUUCGGACCGUGCCCAAUGCCAAUUGGGCAGGGCUCGGCGUGCCUAUGCCUCACGUCGUCCAGAUGGUUUCAUGUUCUUGGGGAAGCCUGUUUGCCUCAAAGCAUACUGCAGACUUUUGUCGGUGGGCCAGAAAGUGCUGCAGAGAUUGCGUUCAGGGCAGCUCGGAUACACUUCGAAUCGGGCGCAGGCCCCGAAGCACCCAACGUUCGGGUUCAGUUUGAGAGGUGACGCAGCGGAGAAGUGGCCAUCAGUGCUGAUGUUCCUGUGGAUCAUUUACCACUCUUCCGCAGAGUUCAUGCCUGAGGGUGGGCAUAGCCUGCGCAAACCUACCGUUGAACAAUUUGACGGAUCUGAAGCACCUUUCAAACUGGCAGAAGACAGGGACAAGGAGAGCGUGGAUCGGCGAGUGAAUGAAUUCAUGAAUGGCUUGCAUCAAUAUCGCUCUGACAUAGACCUGCGUCUUGUAGGGCCUGGGUCCUUUAAGGGCGAGCGACGAGAGCUCCAGCUGAUCAAUGGUGGGGCCACUGGGCAGGAGAGUGCGAUCAAAGCGUACUCAUCGCGCGUUUUAGCCCAGAUCCUACGUGAAGCAGUAGCCACAAGCUGUAUUUGCGGCAUCCAUGACGGCAUGGACCAGGCCAAGUUCAAAGUUCCAAGAAUCAGACAGCUCGCCGCCAACUCCAAACAAUACGCUUCACUGUUUAGACCACGUUUGCACGUGGCUGGCCUUUGGAUCCACGGCCGCAGAAUCCAAUUUGCGAUCAGCGAUGAAAACUUGGCCAAAGAUUCGGCUUGUCAAAUGGAACAGCUGGCCAGAGGCUUGGACGCUAUUUACAGGGAGCAUGGCUUGCCACCUGGAUUGGCAAUCCAGCAAGACAAUACAUAUCGAGAAGGGAAGAACCGGCACUACAUUGCCUUCCACAUCCUCCUGGUUGCACUGAACACCUUCCGGUGGACUGUUUGCAACUACCUGCGGGCGCAGCUCAUAUCCCGGAAUGAGUUCAACAAUCCAGAAGAACUCAUUGAACUCAUGGAUUCUUCUGGUCGUCCUCGAGGUGAAGGCGAGUCUGCGCGCAAGGCGCAGAAGGGAAACUUUGCGAAGGUAGAAUGCGUGGCGUACAAGUUGGACGAGGUGGCCAACUGGAAGGACUGGGCUGCAAUGGCUGGAGUUCGAGUCAAAGGGUUGCGCGGUGUUGGGCAGGUGCGCAUCAGCCUCCGGAAGGAUAUAGACCCUUCAUCUUAUGGGCAUUGUGAAGUGCAGGAAAUUGCUGGAGCCGAGCGGUCGGAGAAUGACAUCAUUUUAAUUGCAAAAAGGUUCAUGGCAAGUCCAGAACCCUUCAAAGUUGUGACCGUGAUGACAGCAGCAAGAGCAGCUACUGUGCGCCGGAGCUUUGCGCAACCUCAGGGCGUUGCCCCAAGACGAGCCAUCAAGGAGAAAGUUGCGAAAAAUAUCCGCAGCAAGGUUCCGACUUUGGUGAGGAACCUCACUCUGCCACCAGAUGCUGGAGCUUACCUGUUGAAUUGGGCUGAGUCAUCGUUACAGCUGCUUCCACGGCCACAGCGCUAUUCAUUUUUGGAGCGCCGGCAUGAUGGUUGUGUGCGAGAGGGCCCAGGUCCAAGAGAGGCAUGGGGGCCUCGGCCCAGAGAGAAGGUGGUUGAUUUAAAGCUCCCAGAAAACGAUUCAGACGAUGCUUCCGACAAUGAUUUAGAGCCAAUUGACUUUGAAGAUGGUGAGGGAGAUCAUGACUAG